CUUUCCGGGUGCGGGUCCCCGGGCGGAGCGGCGGGACGGCGCGGCGGCGGCGGGGCGCGGGGCGCGGGUCAUGGCGGAGCUGGCGCAGGGGCAGAGCGCAGCGCCCGUGGGGAUCAAGCCUGAAGGGUUCGUCGACGCUCUGCACCGGGUCCGACAGAUUGCUGCUAAAAUUGGAGAUAUUCCUCACUUGAAUAACUCUACAACACUUGUGGACCCAUCAGUCUAUGGUUAUGGAGUGCAGAAACGGCCCCUGGAUGAUGGAGGUCUCCGUGUAAGUGGCCUCCAUGGAGCACAGAUAAGAGACACAGAGAGAAUAGGUAACCAGUUAGGGGCCCUGGUACAUCAAAGGGCUGUAAUAACAGAAGAGUUCAAAGUGCCUGAUAAAAUGGUUGGAUUUAUAAUCGGCAGGGGAGGAGAACAGAUCUCACGGAUUCAGGCAGAGUCUGGCUGCAAAAUUCAAAUUGCUCCAGACAGCGGUGGGAUGCCUGAGAGGCCCUGUGUACUCACCGGGACACCAGAGAGCAUUGAACAAGCAAAACGGCUACUGGGGCAGAUUGUAGAUCGCUGUCGGAACGGACCUGGUUUUCACAACGAUGUUGAUGGCAACAGUACGAUUCAGGAGAUUUUGAUCCCGGCAUCCAAAGUGGGUCUAGUCAUCGGCAAAGGAGGUGAAACAAUAAAACAGUUGCAGGAGCGAACAGGUGUGAAAAUGAUUAUGAUCCAAGACGGUCCAAUGCCCACCGGAGCAGAUAAACCUCUCCGUAUUACUGGAGAUGCAUUUAAAGUACAGCAAGCGAGGGAAAUGGUACUGGAGAUCAUCCGAGAGAAAGAUCAGGCAGACUUCCGAGGCGUACGCAAUGAUUUCAGUUCUAGAAUGGGAGGAGGCAGCAUAGAGGUCUCUGUGCCCAGGUUUGCUGUUGGAAUUGUGAUAGGAAGAAAUGGAGAAAUGAUCAAAAAGAUUCAGAAUGAUGCUGGAGUUAGGAUUCAAUUUAAACCAGAUGAUGGGAUUAGUUCUGAAAGAGUGGCACAGGUCAUGGGGCUUCCCGAUAGGUGUCAACACGCGGCGCACAUCAUCAGCGAGCUCAUCCUCACAGCACAGGAACGAGAUGGCUUUGGCAGCAUGGCUGUUGCCCGAGGAAGAGGUCGUGGCCGUGGGGACUGGAGUGUUGGAACACCUGGGGGCAUGCAGGAAAUAACCUACACUGUGCCAGCUGAUAAGUGUGGCCUUGUUAUAGGCAAAGGUGGUGAGAACAUCAAGAGCAUCAAUCAGCAGUCAGGAGCCCACGUGGAGCUCCAGAGAAACCCACCUCCAAACACAGACCCUGGUGUACGAAUAUUCACAAUCAGAGGUGUUCCCCAGCAGAUUGAGCUCGCUAGACAUCUCAUAGAUGAGAAAGUUGGUGGUACCAGCAUGGGUGGACCUGGAGGAUUUGGUCAAAGUCCGUUCAACCAAGCACCCGCUACACCUCAUCAAAAUGGUCCUCAGGCAUUCAUGACACAGGGUUGGGGCAGUACCUACCAGACGUGGCAGCAGCCUGGACAGCAAGUCCCAAGUCAUGCUGCCAGUGCUGCUUCUCAGGCAAGCUCCCAGCCCGACUACACGAUGGCUUGGGCAGAGUACUACAGACAGCAGGCUGCCUACUACGGGCAGACACUAGGGCAGGCUCAGGCCCACAGCCAGGAGCAGUAGAACAAGUUCCUCGUGGCAAUUCUUUCGGUUUGGUUUUUGUUUGUUUGUUUUUUCCCCCCUUGGAAUCAUUGUGGAAGAAAAAAAACCCCCUUUUUGUAACAGAGGUUUCUAGAUUUGCAACCUUUCCAUGAAGACUUCUCCUGCUUGGCCUGUGAAACACUAGCUGUAGGAUAAUCCACACUGAACUUUUCUAAAGAAUCAGGAACAAUUAGUAACUUGCUAAACUCAUGGACAUGCUGGUGAUUUUGGUUCCAAAUUUGUUUUUGAAGAAAAAAAAAGAGAGAAAAAAGAGAAAAAAAAAGAAAUGAAAAAGAAACAGAAAAGGAACAAAAAAGAAACAAAAAGCCUCCAGGAUUCUUUUUGGAGAGAAGCCAGAGAAUUUACAAGCACCAAAACUCACCCCAGAGCUGUGACAUUUCAACAUGUGGCUUUUUAUUUUGUGUGUGUGUCUUCAGUUGGUUGUUAUUUUUUUUUGGGGGGGGGAGUGUUUUUUCCCCUCCUUCCUUUUAAUUUUCAACCUUUUCUGUUGCAACAGAAAGAGUGGCUUGGAAGUCUUAGGUGGUGUGUAACAAAUCCUUUAAAGGAGAGGAAAAAAAAAGCAACAAAAAAAAGAGGAAGAAAAAAAAGAGAGAAGAAUUUUAAACAGUAUUUAAAUAUUCUUAAAUAUGUAAAUUCAUUAAAUGUUUUAGUGCUCAGUUUGUUGUACCUUGGCUGUCUUUUUGGUUUGUAUUGCUCUUUUGUUUCGUUGUUUUUCAAAGCAAAAACCCUGAGCUAUGCUGUGUUCUUGUAAUUAAUGAUGUGAAUUCUGUAUGGAGACAGUGACUUGUGCUGUGGGGCAGGUUUUGGGGCCGGGGAGGGGAACGUUUUUGUAGGGUUUGUAUAAUUUCUAGAGUCUAAAGGGGGUAAUAUAAACAAGGAAAACCAAGUGUUCAUUUGUGUUUUAGCAAUACAGUUCUGUUCAUGUCUCCAGUGCUGGUUGCAUUGCUGGAUCUAAGACCUCCAAGCUUGUUAAAAAAAAAUCAAACAGCAAAAAAAUAGGAAAAACAAAACAAAAAGAGACAAAAAAAACCAACCUCAACCCCAAACACCCCCAAAUCCAACCCCAGACCCCCAAAUCCAACCCCUCAAAUCAACCCCAACCCCAAACCCCCAAAUCAACCCCCAAAUCCAACUCCAACCCCUUUCCCUCUAUUGCUCAGAAAUAUAAAUACUGUUAUUUUUAAUAUUAAAAUGAAUCUGCUAUUAGUACCUUUAACAAACACUGUGGAACAUAAAAAACCAUAUAAAAGGUAGUAACUAUUUUUUAAUUCCAAGGUGUUUUUUGCUUUUUUCAUUGCUUUUAAAUAUUUUCUUAUCUAAUAUUUGUCAAAUUUACCUAGAGAAAGAAAAAUGAAUCUAGUAUUAACCACGGGAUGCUCUGAGGACUCUUUUGAUUUAAUAAAAGGGAGAAUAUGAUUUCCAAUGUUUACUGUAGUUGUUUCUUGUACAGAUAACAGUGUAUUUUUAAAGGAGAAACGGAAUUGAAGCUAUUUUUUCUUGCAUUUUUAAUUGCCCUGCGGGACAUUCCGCUUUGAAAUGUGCCCAAAUCCCUCUUCUUGGGUUCUUUCCUUGUUGUUUUGUGUUUUUCCUUAUGCUUGAAAUGUCUAACUACAAAGAAACACGAUUGGAUAAUGUUGAGCAUGGUGUUUAAAAGAGAGAAAAAGCCAACAAAAGUGUUCUUUUUAUUUGACUGACAGUUGCAUUUUACACUCUAUAUAAUAAAAUCUCCACAAGGUGUCUUGUGGAUGAAGUA